GACAAGAUGGCGGGCGGGAGGCAGCUGGACUCUGGAGCCUGGGUGAACGGCGGGCCACAUCGCGUCGCUUUCGCCGGCGGCUCCAGUCGCUGGUGAACCGCCGCCCCAGCAAGCCCACCCCCGGGGGGGAGGCUGUUCAGCGCCCUCCCCCCUCCCGGGUCUCAGUGAGGGACUGGAGCCCCGUGUUUGUGCUGAGACCGAGAGGCGGAGAGAGGGAGUCUUUGUGGAGAGCGGCUAGCGGGCCGGAGCCGGCGGCUCGCAGUCAGCCAUGUAUUUCCUGAGCGGCUGGCCCCGGCGGCUCCUGUGUCCCCUCAAGGGUUCGGAGAAACCGUUUUACAUCCAGUCCGACUCGCGGAGACUGAUAUUCGCACUCCUGUCGCAGACGCAGAUCAGCCUGUGGUACAGCAGGCCCAGUGUGUUAAUUGUAAGCUACAAGGAAUCUGCAAAGGCGGCUUCACAGUUUGGAUCAUAUGAAAAGACAGAAUGGAAGUCCGACAGCAGUAUGAUCGCAGUUGCAACUGCAAAUGGAUACAUCUUGCUCUUUGACAUUGUGUAUUCAGGACAAGAGAAAUGCUUAUAUGAACCAGUAUAUCCCAAAGGAAAUCCAAGAGUGAAAGUAACUCCAGGUUACAAGGAGGAACAGUGCGCUCCAUCCCUAACUGUGGAGAUGAAGAAAGUGCUUGAUUUCCAAGCAAAAAUCACAAGUUUGCAGUCCAUGCAGGAUGAUUUGGUCAUUGCUACUAAUGAUGGGAUACUCCAUCUUAUUCACUGGGAUGGUUUGACAAAUGGAAGGAAAGCCAUUAAUCUUUGUUCAGUUCCAUUUUCUGUAGACCUACAGUCUUCACGAGGCCCUUCAUUAGAUUUUGAAUCCGUACAUAUCAAAGAUAUGGAAUACUGUGCAACCCUUGAUGGUUUUGCUGUGGUUUUUGAUGAUGGUCGGAUUGGCUUCAUUACUCCUGUAUCCAGUAAACUUACAGCUGAGAAUUUGCAUGGCGUGUGCGCACAAGAAGUUACUGAUGGUAUUUGUGUGGCAAUAAACAACAAGUACAAAUUAAUGGCCUUUGGGUGUGCGAAUGGUUCAGUUUUAGUUUACACAAUGGAUACAAGUACAGGAGCUAUGCAGCUGUCCCACAAGUUGGAAUUAACUCCUAAACAUUACCCUGAUAUUUGGAACAAGACUGGGGCAGUGAAACUGGUUAGAUGGUCACCUGAUUGUAGUGUUACUAUGGUAACAUGGGAAUGCGGAGGCUUAUCCCUGUGGAGUGUUUUUGGUGCUCAUCUAUUUUGCACACUCGGUGGAGAUUUUGCGCAUUAUUCUGAUGGCACUAAAAAGGAACCAAUGAAAAUCAGCUCUAUGAGCUGGGGUGCUGAAGGCUACCACCUUUGGGCAAUUUCCAGUGAUAGUACACAACAAAUGGGAAGUGAUCUGGAAAACAAAAGUAUAAUACAGCAAGCAGAAAUUCUGCAGUUCCAAUUCAUCAAAAGCGCUUUAACAGUCAACCCCUGCAUGAAUAACCAGGAGCAAGUACUUCUACAAGGAGAGGAUCGACUGUAUUUGAACUGUGGUGACACAUUACAAAAUCAAAAUUCAAGUACCGCAUCAGCAAAUUCAGGCCAUCAGCCUGUCAGGGAAAAGAACCCUUUGUAUAAUGACAUUCUAGUUCCUCAGGGUUUAAGCACUUUAUUAGGACACAGGCACUGGCAUGUUGUACAGAUCCAUAGUACCUAUCUAGAAAGUAACUGGCCAAUAAAGUUUGCAGCAAUAGACCGGCUGGGUCAAUGUGUUGCAGUGGCAGGCAGAUAUGGAAUUGCACACUAUGCUUUGUUUACGAGGAAGUGGAAACUUUUUGGAAAUAUUACCCAGGAACAAAAUAUGGCAGUGACUGGUGGCUUGGCAUGGUGGAAUGACUUCAUUGUUUUAGCCUGUUAUAAUUUGAUUGACCAACAAGAAGAGCUGAGACUUUAUCUCCGGUCAUCCAACCUGGACAACGUUUUUGCUCAUAUUACCAAAGUGCAAUCGGAGACCUUGUUAAUAAAUGUCUUCAGGGACAUGGUAAUAUUGUUCAGAGUAGACUGCUCUAUCUGCUUAUACAGUAUUGAUCGGAAAGAUGAUGGCCCUAACCCCACUGCCAAUGUUCAAGUCCUGCAGGAGGUAUCCAUGUCACGUUACAUCCCACAUCCUUCACUCGUAAUAUCAGUAACUUUGACCUCUGUGAGAACAGAGACAGGCAUCACCUUCAAAAUGCCACAGCAGGCCUGUGCUGCAGAAAGCAUUAUGCUUAAUUUAGCAGGCCAGCUUAUCAUGCUACAAAGGGAUCGAUCAGGUCCUCAGGUACGAGAGAAGGACAGCAUUUCCAAACAAAAGAAGCUGCUUCCAUUCUGUGCUCCAGUGGUACUUGCCCAGUGUGUUGAAAAUGUAUGGACUACCUGCCGAUCCAACAAACAGAAGCGUCAUUUGCUGGAGGCUCUCUGGCUUAGUUGUGGAGAAGCAGGAAUGAAAGUCUGGCUCCCGCUUUUUCCUAGAGACAAUCGCAAACCACAUUCCUUCCUUUCCAGACGGAUUAUGUUGCCCUUCCAGAUCAAUAUCUAUCCCCUGGCUGUCCUAUUUGAGGAUGCUUUGGUCCUUGGUGCAGUGAAUGAAACUGUUCUGUAUGAUAAUUUAUACGUGCAUAACAAUGUAAAAGAACCUUUGGAAGUCCUAUUCCCUUUCUGUACUGUUGAGAGGACCUCCCAAAUCUACCUCCAUCACAUUCUUCGCCAGCUCCUGGUCAGAAACCUUGGUGAACAGGCUCUGCUCCUCGCUCAGUCUUGUGCCACAUUACCAUACUUUCCUCAUGUACUGGAACUGAUGCUUCAUGAAGUCUUGGAAGAAGAAGCUACCUCCCGGGAACCUAUUCCUGACCCACUGCUUCCAACUGUGGCAAAAUUCAUCACUGAGUUCCCUCUGUUUCUGCAGACUGUAGUUCACUGUGCGAGAAAGACUGAAUAUGCCUUGUGGAAUUACCUGUUUGCUGCUGUAGGCAAUCCUAAAGAUUUGUUUGAAGAGUGUUUGUUGGCACAAGACUUGGACACUGCUGCAUCUUAUCUCAUCAUCCUACAGAACAUGGAGGUCCCUGCAGUUAGCAGGCAGCACGCCACACUGCUUUUCAGCACAGCCCUGGAACAAGGAAAAUGGGAUCUUUGCCGUCACAUGAUCCGUUUCUUGAAAGCCAUUGGUGCAGGGGAAUUGGAGACUCCUCCACCAACUCCUACCACUCAGGAACCCAGCUCAACUGGAGGCUUUGAGUUCUUCAAACAUAGGAGUAUUAGUUUUUCACAGUCAGCAGAAGGUCUCAAUGCAGGCAAAUUUAACCUGCAGAAGGCAUUAAGCAUGCCUUCUGGGCCCUCAGCCAAGAGGUGGAGUAAAGAUGCUGACAGUACUGAAAAUAUGUACAUAGAUGAGAUGCUUUGGCGUCAUGCACGAAGACUCCUGGAAGAGAUGAGGCUAAAAGAUCUCAGCAGCUUUGCUGCACAACUCGGUUUUGAGCUCAUAGGUUGGCUUGGCAAAGAAAAGACUCGGGUGGCACGAGUCGAGGACUUUGUUAAGGCUUUAAAAAGACUCCAUAAUGAUUUCCUUUGGCCAUUUCCUGUUAUUCCUUCUAGUUGUUUAGUAAAUUCACCAUUCAAAAAUGGCAAAUACAAAACAGUUGGAGACCAGUUUCUUAAAUCACAGUCAACUGAGACUUUUGUAAACAGUGAUUUGGAGACUGGAGUCAUAAAUGUACGUGGUAGCCACAUCUGCCUUAGCCUCAACACUGCGCACACACAAAUGGAUUCUGGCUCAUUACAAGGACCUCAGACACAAGAUGCAAUUCUGUCACCUUUAUUUUCUAAAGGUGAUGAAUGCAGCAUUGGAUCAGCUACUGAUCUGACAGAAACCAGUUCUAUGGUGGAUGGUGACUGGACUAUGGUAGAUGAAGGUUUUUCCACGCUCAGUCUUACACAGUCUGAGCUAGAAUAUAUAUCAAUGGAGCUGGCCAAUAAAGGCCCUCACAAGUCGCAGGUUCAGUUAAGUUAUCUGAUGCACAUUUUUAUGGAAGCUGGCUGUUUGGAGUGGUGUAUAAUUAUAGCACUAAUUCUCCGAGAUUCUGCAGUGAUAUGCCAGAUAAUCAAUUCAAUCCAACACUCCGAGGUUCCCAUGGAUAUUUUGCAGGGCGUAAAAGACGGGAUGCUAGCUGUGGAUGGAUGGGCUUCAGCAGACUGCCCUGGAUACAAGCCAUUUCUGAAUCGCAUAAAGCCCCAGCUGCAGAAAUUGGAUGAGGUCACGGAGGAGCAGAUUCAGCCUGAAGCUUUUCAGCCUUUGAGCCGUCUGAGCACAUCAAAGGCAGUGGAGCCCCCCAGCCCAUGGGCCGAGGACAGUAGAAAUACUGCAGGUCUUGUUAAUAGCCCAAGCGAUGGUGGUGGCAGUAUCAGCAGGCAGGAAGAAGAUGGCCAGGGAGAGGAGGAAGAGGAACAACCUGAGGAUGAAGGGAGUUACGAGUGUUCUCUGUCAUGAAUGUUUGUUUUCAGAUAGCUGCAGCCCAAACUUUAAAAUGGCAAAUGAAUCACUGGUGCCUUGCGUCAGUGUUGUGCACAUGUCUUACUACAUACUAGUGGAGAAUUUUCUCACAUAUAGAAAUAAAACAUUAGCCUUUAUGUUUCACACUUCCAAAAUAAAAGUGACGUUUUGGUGACUGAAGAAGACACUUGCUGGUAUUUUCUGGCAUGUAUAGUAAGUGACCCCAAUCCUGAGAGUAUCUCUGUAUAUACCAGCGUUAUCCUCCUGUGCUCCCUGACAUAAUGAAAUGCAACAAACUGUAAGAUUUUCAGAAAAAUGAAUUAAUGAUGGUGAAGAUUUCAUGGAAAAAUAAGUUUCUUAAAGCAGUUAUUUUAUUGCUGCAUUUGUAGGUAAUUAAUUCUGUACCACUGGUGCCUUCGCAAGAUACUCCAUUGUGCUUUAGGUGUGUUUGGAUAAAACCUCUGUUCUGGCAUGAGUGAGGGAGUCUUGCAAAGGUGCUCUCUGGACAGAAGAGAAUUAAGCGACCCAAAUUUGCGUUCAUUUUUUUCAGUCCAGAGAGCAUUAUGGAUGGAUGCUGUUCAAAACUACACAUGACUUAGGUAAAAAGGCAAGAUCCAGUAAGAUUUAUUCAGUGACAGUGUCUUGAGGGAUUGAAUGGCUGAACAGUUGGAAGUGCUGUAAUGUUUUGGUGUUUGAAUAACUAAAUUUUUAAGCAAGUAUGAAUUUUGAGUCUAAAUAUAACUACGUUCAUCUGCCAUGCUUUUUCUGUGUCCAUAGUGGCUUAGAAAUUCUCCCAAGGCUCAGCCAUCAUAGAAUGCAGUAAUCCUAGAAAUACAUUUAACCACAAGACAUCCUCUGUAGCAUCCUGUAUUUAAACAUUCUCAAGCAUGUAGUGAUAACCAAGUCUAGUGAUUUGUCACAGGAACAUGUGAAACAGAGCAGUUGCAAAAAGUCAUGGAAAACCAUGGGAUUUAGUUUGAGAACAGUGUUACCCCCAGUUAAGUACACAUUGCUUUUAUUUUUGCAAAAAAAGUUUUUUCACUGUUAUGAUGAGUGCAUUUGAAAGAGAGAUGAGUGACAUUUUCCAAAGCAUUGGUCUCUGUUUCUCCUGUAAGUGCUGAGUUCUUCCCUCUCAUGACUCAGUGAGAAAUGAGAUAUUUUUAGAAUAUUAUUCCCUAUUGUAUAAGAUAUUUAAUUUUCACUUUAUUUAGAUUGGAUGCAUCACCACAGAAUCCAGCUGCUGAAGUGCAUGCUACUAGUGACUGUAUGCCCUCGCUCCAAGUUGGCAAUGUCCACUUCACUGACCUCAAGAUGCGAAUUGGGUUGUUGGGAACUUGCAAUGUUGGGUACAGUUACUUGAUGGCAUUCCCUGGUGGCAGGGUGCUCAUAUGUCCAAGGGUCGGUGCUUGCAGAGAAGCAAUGAGUCACUGUUAAAGUUGUAUGUGUCCAACUAGUUAACCACAAGUGGUAUAUGGUUUUCCUCCAUACUGUACUCAGGAGGAUGAGUGCAAUGCACACCUGUUUUAUGGUGAACCUUAACUUCUCACCAAGCCAUUCAUGAGAAGCUCCAAGUAUCUGCAAUUCCCCUAAUAAGGGUUCAACCUUACACUUGCCGUAGACCAGUUGGUGAUUAUUCUCCUGGGGAACAUGGAAGACAUAAGCAGAGUCUCUUUGGGGUUGGCAUGACUCAAGAUGAUUUUCCCAGUGGUAGUAGUUCAUAACCAGAUGUACCCUCUGUGUCAGACUCAAUAAUCCAAUAUCUGAGCUAGGUGGAUCUCAGUAUUCCAAAGGAAUGUGAAGACUGACUGGCCAUCCUGGCUUAUCAAUGGAAUUGAGGGCUGAGAAUUUUUCCCACUUGAGUCCAGAAAAGCCAAUGAAUACUCUUACAGUCCAGAUUGAAAAAGCAGUGGGAUGUUUAUCAAUAAUUCUUGCAUCAAUUAUGCUGUUCUUGACCAGCAUGAUUGUGUACACUGCGUGCACUUAAGCUUUGCUAACCAUUGGCUAUUCCUAGGCUCUCUAGACUUGAGUAAGUGGGAUGUAACUCUACAAGGCGAAAAUGUAUCCUCCAUAUCGGGCAAAUGGAAACUCCUAUUAUUGACUUGUCAGUGGUUUCUUAAACAUGGUGGAAUUACAAAUACAAGAAAAAUCAAAGUCAAAGCAAAAUCUUUUGCACAAUAGGUAACGGUUUCCUAAAAUGACCCUCCUUGUGUCUUUGACAAGUUGGCUGCUGGUAGUGGGAACUUAUACAAAUCAUGCUACGUUAACUUGGUUCCCCAAUCACUGGAUGUUUUACUGUGACAAAUUACUAGUUUUCUGAAAAACCAAUCACUGCUUGCAAUAGCUAAGACAUGUGCACAACACGUGUGCGAGACUCUGUGUUCAACUUAAUUUUAAAACCUGCUGUGUUGGUGCUUUAGGAAUUGAUCUUCUGUUUUCAAGUAUUUUGUAUAGACCUUUUUUCUAAUAAAAAAAGUUCAUUUCCGAUUCCAUUUAAUGUAUAAUCACUAAUCAAACUGCUCUUGCAGAAGCUGUUUAUAUUGUACAGUGUUCAAGCAGAACUAUUUGUUUAUGCAUGUGUUGCAUGAGCCCAAAGUAGCUGUCAGACUUUAGAAACUGUGAUGCUGAUUUGAAUCUGAACUUGGUACCCUGUUCUAAGAUCCCUGUUGCAAGACCUUUGUGUGAUUUAAUUACAAAAUAAAUACCAUGGCAUUGUAGUGGGGGAGGGCUGGAAAAGACCCUUUUUAUGAAAAUUAUGCAUAAUUAGUCAGACUAUUUUAACAAGUUUGAGUUUAGAAAUGCUUUUAUUUAUUGCUUUCCAGAAAAAAAAGCUUUUGUUCUAGAUGCAAAAAGUAUUUUUAUGUAAAUAUAAUAAAGCUAUGUAAUCAUGUGUUUAUACUUGCUAGUUAGGAUCUAGCAAGGUGUACAUUAAAUAUAUGAACAGUAACAAGCAACACUCUUUCUAAUAGCUUUUAAUAAAAGCUGUCAUAACUAAAGCUUGAUUAAGAUCCAUUUUCAAGGGAGCAACCCUGCACACUGAUUAAUUUCCUACUCUGAGCUGUUGGACAGUAACCUGUUUGAACAGAAUGCUUCAGUGUAUGAUCUUAUGUAGUGGUACCACCUUCAUAGCUGUUUCCUUGCAUCCUAAUGCAGAUAAAAAUAAAAGUACCUGAAGCAGUAUUAAAAGACAAAGAUAGCAUAUAUUUGUUACAGUGCAAUUUGAACAAAAAAUGCAAAAUGUUGCUUAUUUUAUACAACAAAAAUUGAGUAGUCUAUUUUUAUAGCUAAACUGAAUUUAAUUGAAUUUUUGAUGUGGACCAAAUUAGUAACCUAGCCCUAAAGCCGUAACUAGCAUACUACUUGUAACUGUAUUGAUCACGAGCUUCUUUUAGACCUGUUGGUCAAUGAUGGGUAGAAACAGAAUUAUUUAAAAGGAUAAUAUCUCCUUUAAAAGGGAUUUUUUAAAACUUUUAUUUUGUUUAAUGUGAUCCCAGUGAUUAGGGGAAUGCAGAAAGAGAGUUGAGGCUGGAUUCAUGUACCAUAAAAUAAGACUGACUGCCUGUUGCAAUACAGAUACUAAACAGUGUGCAUUGAUUGGUUAAUGAGCCCAAGAAUUGACUAGGCUAAACUGAGGUCAGUUUCUUACCUAAAUUUGAAAUGUAUUGGGCAUCACUUGUACACACUACAAGGUUAAUUAUACUUUGGACUAUUUCAUCUGUUUUCUGAGCAGUUAUGUCUCUAUGCACAGUAAUACCUUCAUAUUUAAUUGUAUUAUGUUUAAAAUUGCUUACAUUUGAAAUUUUUGUAAUUUUUUUCCACUAAUGUACUCAAUAUUCAGUAAAAAAAUAUUUACAAAAUUUGCUAAUAUGACCAUAAAAUAACUGAUGCAUUAAACUUCUGACACACCACAAAUCUAAUUGGAAGCACACUGCAGAUCUAAUUGGGAGCAAUCCAAAGAACUUUUAAAUUGAGACAGUAGUACCAGUAUUAAGAAACUUUCGCCAAGGUCCUAAAUGUUACAAGUGUGAUCUAAAGCCAUUUUUAUAAAUGAAAUAAAAGUAUAAAAAUGCAACGAUAAACCACCUUUCUUCCUGUAAAGCUUUAUUUUUCUUGACACUUGUUAAAUACAUAGAUACAAUGGUUAACAAUGGCAGAGUUUGCCAGUUGAGCAUGUUCUGUGUCUUAACAUAACCUCAUCAAUGACUAAGCUACAUGGGCAUGAACCUAAGAUUAUUUCUGCAAGAAUCAUUGAUGGAGUUUCAGUGCACAGUGCUACUUUGUGGCAGUCCUUGUCUGUACUACUAUCAGAAAUUAUUUGCUAUUCUUGUUUCCUGUCACAUGUACAAAUUCACAGCAAUAAACAUUUUUGAUUA